CAAGUAGGUCAUUGUAUUCCAACAUGGCGGACAACAUAGAUCCUGAUAUCUUUGAAGCUACCCAAGCAUAUUCAAAUGUUUCGGAUUAUUUUAAAGAUCCGCAUCAGUGGACUUAUCGAUGCGAAGGAUCCUGGACUGUGGUGGUAUCGCUGACCAAACUGAGAACAGUCUUGCGUUUACGAAAGCACGAGAGAAAAAACUCUUCGGCUUUGAAACUGAAAGAUCAAACGCAGUAUGAACAAGAAAUGUUACGCAAUCUUGAUUUUGCCAAGAGUGUUAUGUUACCGCUGAUGGGAGGCCGCUACGUUCAUUUAGGGAAGGCAAUUUUUGUUCCAGAAGACUUCGCGUCAGCCAUGAAUGGAAUAUGCCGAGGCUGUCGACCAGAACAAAGACUUGACAAAGAGAUCAAUGAGGGUUGUCACUCCGGGGUGCUCAUGCCAGAUUUGUGUUUCCUUCCGUCGCUUCCACAAGCUGACUCGACUGAAGAAAAUUAUCAUUACGGGAUGAAAACGAUGAAUCCAACUUUCUCUGUCGAGAUAAAGCCAAAAUGCGGCUUUCUUCCCACUUCACCUUUCAUCGACUCGACAAGAGUGGCAAAGUACACUGUCUGCUCUUAUUGUAUGCUUCAGAAAACGAAAGUUAAAGAAGGAAACUAUAAUAGAGAAAGCAGUUAUUGCCCCUUGGAUUUAUUCUCAGGAGAACCAAGAAGAGUCAUGUACGCCUUGGAAUGUCUAGUAUCUGAUCCUCAAAACAACUUGCGUGUUUUUUGUGAUGGCAGUGGAAUAUUCUCUGAGGAGUUAGUCCAAAGAGCAAUUCAGGAAGGGAGAGCGUGUUGUGCUGAGAACUAUUUUGAGGUUACUCUACAAGAAAUGAAGGUCUUUACAGAUUGUGUGACUGGACUAGGUCACAAAUGUGGAGAUGGCAUGACUACAGAGUGUCAUAAGUGUGGGGAUGGUGUGACCACAGAGGGUCACAAACAGGAAGAUGGUGUGAUUAAAGAGAGUGACAUUCAUAUUGAUGGCGUGACCAGAGAAGUUCAAAAGUGUUGCUGUGUGGGUCCCUUUACACAGAAACUCCUGGGAAUUUUGCUUGGAAUUCUAAUAAGUGACUCAAAAACAAACCAAAUACAUGAAAAUAAAGUCGGCAUGUCAUCAAAUGCUACAGUGUGUAACAAAAGCAAGUAUCUUGACUGCAACAAUGGUAUUCAAAGUCAGUUGAACUGUUUGCAGUUUGGAAACGGAGGAGUUCUACAACAGCUUUUGUCAGUACAAAAAUUAGACAACAUUGAUGUGGAGGGGAUUUAUCCACUUUACAGGAAUGUUAUCAAUCACUUUGAGCGUAACCCUGGACUAAGAAGCAGCCUUGGUGUUGAUGGGCCUUACACUUUACCCCUGUGGAAAACAGUAGCCUCUUCCCUUGGAAGGGACAACUUGAAAACCCCAGACAACAUUCAGUUGAAUGCUGAUCUGAAUGAUCCCAAUAACUUAUAUGAUGCUGUUGUGAGAAUCUGCAAAUUUGCUGUUGCAAGUACUGCGAAGGACUUCUCUGUAAUGUUAGCUUUUCAGAAAACUUCAAAUAAGGAGACAAGAUUACCAACUGUUGAAAUGGCUUGUGGUGAUAAGUAUCACUACAACAUUGAUCUUGUUGACUUGGACCCUAAAGAAUUCGACAGGGUGAGAAAGUACUACAAGGAUACCAUAAAAACUGUCAAGAUAUUUCUUGAACAAUAAUAAUCUGGUUCGUUUUUUUAGACACUAUAUUGUGCAUGGAUGGCCUCUUACGUGUUAAUCUUCCUACUUUGAAGGGUAUAGAUUUUAAGACAUUUUUUCUUUCUUUUAUACCAUAUAAAAACUUGAUCUUUAGACCUGGUAUGAGAUGUCCAACAUUCACUACUGUACAUGUAGGCCAGUGCAGGAUACACUGUGUUGCAUUAUUUUUCUUAAUCAAUUUCAGUUGGUGGGAAAGUCUGCCAGAAAGAUGACCACUUAAUUCUUUUGCAAUCUACUGGGAAUUUUUUUCUGCAUAGGAGGUUGAUUUUUUUGUUUUUAUUUCAGGUUUCCAGUCACUCGCAGGAGUAUAUUUUUAAUGUUGCAAGGUUAUUAAAUAAAUACUCUUUUCUAAAUACUAGUUUUUUAAUGAGGCAAACUGUUAAUGGCAGGGUUUGUAAAAAAAAAAAAUUCAACACCAGAGAUUUCUUAAGAUUUAAACCUGGGCAACAAGUGUAUGAGAUUGGCCUUGGAUGUGAUCACUUUAAACCCUAAUUAUUACACUAUCACUUCACCCUUAUUAUGCUAAAUACAUGUACUUUGUAGAAUGUUAAGGGCAGCAACAGCAAUAAUCUGCAAGGGUCUUUGCAGUCAAACUACUUAAUCCAUAUACAGAUACAAGGUGCAUGCAUGAAGAAAAUCAAUUAAGUAGUUUUGAGGCCACAUGAAUUCCCAACACCAUUUUUUAAUAUUCUUUUUGUUUUACGUUCAACUGCUGUUUUUCAAAUCUUUUAACAGCACACCUGUGUUUCUGAG